AUGCAUGAAGUUUCUGCUGACAUCAAAGAAUUUCCAAAAUCUUUGGAUGCACUUGUGACAUGUUUAUAUGUUAAGGUUCGUCCUAUAAUGCUUUGUUGCUAUAACGUAAUGGAAAAAUUGCGAGAAGGAAGCCCAGGAACGGUGGAAACACUUCA